AUGUGGCAGAGGUCGGUGUGCGUGGGCCUGCUGGCCUUGGCGCUGGGCUACCUCUGCCUCCUGGGCCCCGAGCUGCCCCACUCGGCGCUGCGGCACCUCUCCGCCUCGCUGCUGGGGGGGCUGCGCCGCGCCCGCUCCCUCGAGGGCCGCAUGGUAGCGGCCUGGCAGGCGGCCAUCGUCCGCCCGGCCCGGGGAUGGGCGCGCGUCGCCGUCGGCGUCAAUGCCUGCGUAGACGUGGUUCUGUCCGGUGUGAAGCUGCUAGAGGCGCUCGGUCUUGAACCUGGGGAUGGAAAAAAUCAUGCCAUCUUGAACUCCAGACAGGACCUGAAAGAAGCAUUCGCUCACUUCAUGGAAAAAGGGGCAGCUGCCGAGCGCUUCUUCAGCGACGCCGAGUCUUUCCAUCACAUUGCGCGGACAGCCUCCGAGUACCCUGGUGCACAGCUUUACGUAGGAGGAAACGCUGCUCUCAUUGGUCAGAAGCUUGCAACAAAUCCAGACCUGAAGAUCCUCCUUUGUGGCCCAGUUGGUCCUAAACUCCAUGAACUACUCGAUGACAAUGUGGUUGUGCCACCUGAAUCCAUGCAGGAAAGAGAUGAAUUCCAUCUUAUCUUGGAGUAUCAAGCAGGUGAAGAGUGGGGACAAGUGAGAGCACCCAAUGCCAACCGCUUCAUCUUCUCCCAUGACCUAUCAAAUGGCGCCUUAAAUAUGCUGGAAGUGUUUGUGUCCAGCUUGGAUGAAUUUCAGCCAGAUCUUGUGGUACUUUCAGGACUUCACAUGAUGGAAGGCCAGAGCAAGGAGAUGCGGCAGAGACGACUUAUGGAGGCUGUGGCCUCCAUCUCUGAUAUCCCUACCGACAUUCCCAUACACCUGGAGUUGGCCAGUAUGACUGAUCAAGAUUUUAUGAGCAACAUUAUGCAUCAGCAGGUCUUUCCCCUGGUGAACUCCAUUGGGCUGAACGAACAGGAGCUGCUGUUCCUCACACAGUCUGCCUCUGGUCCCCACGCCUCCCUCGCUUCCUGGAGCGGAGUUCCCGACGUGGGUGUAGUCAGCGACAUCCUCUUCUGGAUCCUGAAGGAGCACGGGAAGACCACGGAGCGGGCCUCUGAUCUCACGCGGAUCCACUUCCACACCCUGGCCUAUCAUAUCCUUGUCACAGUGGAUGGGUACUGGGGCAACCAGGUUGCUGCUGUGGCUGCCGGAGCCAGAGCAGCAGGGACUCAGGCCUGUGCGACUGAAACCAUCGAUACCAGCAAAGUCUUUCUUAAAGCUCCUUUGGAGUUUGUGACCUCCCAGAUAGAGGCACCUUCCAAAAUCUCUUUAAAUCCGGAUGAGCCAGUGGUGCAUUGGCACAGAGAAGGCAUCUCAUUCCAUUUCACUCCCGUUUUGGUAUGUAAAGAUCCUGUCCGGACCGUGGGACUCGGGGAUGCUAUUUCAGCUGAAGGACUGCUAUACUCAGAAGUAUAUCCUCAAUAGAAGACUAAGACCCUCCUUUUUCUCCAAUACUGUACAGUGUUGAGGAACCAUGGUGUUCUCAUUAGGAUUGCAGCCAGUGGUGAAAAGGAAUAGGAACAGAAUCAGGGUGUGGUGUGUUUUCUGGAUAUAACUGAAAAAGAGCCAAAGAAUAAUUCCAGGUAUAAACUGUCAGAUGCAUUCCAGUCACUUGGCAGUGACUCGAACACUUCACGUUUAGGUGUUUAAUGUGAAAAUUGGCUUUGCUUUGUCUUAAGCACGCAGGGAGGGAAACGAGUAUCAAAAUCCCUGUCUGGCGUAGGUUUGCUGUUUGUAACUCUGAAUGGGUCUUAUCUGUUAGCGCUGGAAAGUACGGCGGCCAGGAGAAUUUCCUGCGUGUGGAUCCCAGGGAGAGCACAGCAGUGCUCGGCCCUGUCUUGCCUCUGAUAAAAAUAAAAGGCUCUUGCAUUAUCUCCUCACAGCACAUUGCUACGUGGCAAGAGCAAACCUUCCGCUUGCUUGGUGUGAUGAUGAAAUCUUUUACUGAUUUACCUCUUGGCCUCGGUGUCCCCAGCAUUGGAGGGAGCCAGAGCCCCGAAAUGUGAUGCACACUCUACCUACUUCUUAAAUGCACAGAGAAAACCUGACUCGAGGCUACGUAGAUUAUUUUGGGUAUCUGUUGUCUCUGUGACUAAUGGUAUUCAACUGAGCCCUAGUAGCCCGUGUUUAGUUUUUGACCAACUAGAAGUGACGAUAAUCAGGGUUUAUAUUUGGGGAGACAGCUUUAUUUUCUUGCUAGGUAAACCACAAAAUAUUACCUGUGUUUGCUGUACACUAAAUACCAAGAGUUCGAGCCGGGGGGCUCACAGCUGGUGUUCUUUGCUAAC